AUGACAGGAGGAGAAGUAAUAAUAGAGAAAAAUCCAUCAAAAAAAUAUUGUAUAUCUAAAAAGGAACCAUUGUGUGAUAGUAUAAUAUGGGAUAUGUUACAAAAUUAUUAUAAAAAAGCAGCUAUAAAUGCAUGGAAAGAAAAUGUUGUACCUUCUUUUGUAACUAGCAAUAGUAAACUAGCCAAAGAUUAUGCACGAGUAAUAAUAAAUUAUAUGAAGGAUUGGUUUAAUAGUAAUGAGUGUGAUCGUAAUGUUCCUAUUUAUAUUUUAGAAAUUGGUGCAGGUCAUGGAAAAUUUACCUAUUUAAUCUUGAGAGCAUUAUCAAAAUACAAAAAAUUUUUUAAAAGUAUGAAUUUACCUGAAAGACCAUUUGUGUAUGUUUUUACUGAUGUUGCAAAGGAUAACAUUACUUAUUGUAUGAAUAAUGAAAGAUUAAAAAAAUACAUUAAUAGAGGAAAUAGUAGUGAACAAACAUACACAAGUAAAAAUAACUCAUAUGAAGAUUCUGAGUAUGAAAAACAUGAUAUAAAUUACUAUUCUUCUUCAAAUGAUUCUUGUUGCACUUUUUCAUGUGAUGAAACAACUUAUGCAGAAGAAAAAAAUAAACAUGAUUCUAAUUUUUCCAUGCUAGAUUUUGCUUUUUUUGAUGGAAACGAAACAACUGACAAAAUUUACUUGGAGAUAGGAAAAAAAUAUAUUCCAUCUGAUACACCAAUAGUUCUUAUAUGUAAUUACGUUUUGGAUUCUUUAUUAACAGACGCAUGGAUAGUAAAUGGCGAAAAUGAUUUCAAAAGGGCUUUAUUGUCAGUAUAUUCACCAUAUGAAGAAAAAGAUAAAAAAAAUGCAGACAUUAUGUUAAGAAUGUCUGUUACAUGGGACUGGGAAAAAGUUGAUAUUGAAGAAGAAGUUAAAAAAACAGGAACAGAUAAGCCUUCUAAUUAUUUAAGAAAUUAUGAAGAUAUUUAUACAGUUUUAAAAUUAUAUUCUUAUUUCAAUGAAUGCUUAUCAUUUGUAUUUCCUGUAGGGGCUUUUAUAUUAUUUCAAAGAAUGCUUAAACUGAGUAAUAAUAAAUUACUGUGUUUAAUAGGAGACAAAGGAUAUCAAUCAUAUGAAGAAUUUAGAGGUUACAGAGAUCCUCAUAUAGUAGUCCAUGGUAGUUUGUCAUUCAUGGUUAAUUUAAAUGCAAUUUGCCUUUUUUUUCUAUCCAUAGGUGGAUAUUACAUAUAUACUCCUUACUCAGAUAAUUUUCAGAUAGUUACUCUAUUAAUGCAUCAAAAAAAAGAUAAUGUUAAAAAUGAAAAACAAAGCAAGACUUCUAUCACUAAUAACAGUACAUUAACUGAAACAUUGAGUAAUAAAAAAAAAUUUUAUAUAAUAGAUUUUUUUAAAAAAAAUAUAAAAGAUACUCAGAACAAAAAUGCAAAUAAUUUAUCGAACGAUUUCAUACCUACAAAAGAAAACAGUCGCAACUCAAGAAUAUAUUCAAAAAAUUCCGUGAACGCACAAAAUGUAUAUAAAAAAAUUAAAAAAAUUAAUUUAAGAAAUUUAAAUAACAUGACUAUAAAAUUUGGAGGAACUAUUGCAUCUUUUUAUGAUAAUAUAGAACAAAUUCCCCCAGAUCUUUUAAUUAGCUGGCAGAAAUCAGUAAUUCACAAUAUUAAUCAUAAUGCAGCUAAUGUAAACAUAAAAGAGCUAAUAUCUUUGUUGAGAUAUUCGAAUUAUGACUCAGAUGUUUUUUUUAAUAUUAGAAAUUCUUUUAUAAAUUUAGCUUGCUACCCCAACAUUAAUGGUAGAACAGAAAAGGAUAUAUUACUAGAUAUCAAAGAAUGCUAUAAUAAUUAUUAUUCAUUAAAAAAUGAUGAAGAUAUUGCAGAUAUAUGUGGGCAUGUGUGUAUGAAAUUUGGAGAGUUUGAAAAAUCUAUUUUUUAUCUAAAAGAAAGCUUACGCAAAUUUAAGAACACUAGGCAUUCAUCAACAUACAUUAAUAUUGCUUCUUGUUAUAAAAUAUUACGUAAUUAUAAUAAAUCCAUCAAAUUUAUUAGAUCAGCCAUCAAAUUAUCAAAUAAAGAAAAUAAAAAUAAAAAUAUUCCUUUAAAUAAUAACUCGCAUUCUUACGAUUUAUUAUAUAAUAUACAAUUUUGUUCUAAUCCUAUUACAUAUGCUAUGAUAGGAAUAAAUUACUACGUACAAAAUGAUGGACUAUAUUAUUUAUCCUUUGAAAAUAGAAUUAAAUUGAAAUAUAUUUUUUUACUAUCUAAAGAGGAGGAAAAAGUUUUAAAAUAUAUGAGAAUGAAAUAUAAACAUUCAUCUUAUGAUAAAACGUCAAAUAAUUUUAAUUUAUCAGAGAUAAAAAUCAUAAAAGUUUAUAAUGGAAAUAAAACUCUCUCGUUAGAAGAAUUAUAUGAACUAGAAAAAGAAAAUAAUCCAAACGAUACAAUGGUAGGGUUAAAUAAUAUAGAUGAGAAAAAUAAAUGUUAUGACAAUUUAGAAUAUUUAAAAAAUAAUUUGACAAAUUGCUUGGAUCAAUUUGAUUUUCAAUUUUGCGUUAUUGAUGUUCCUUGGAUUAUUAAAUCAGAUAUUGUAGAUUUAAUGUUGGAAAAAUCAAAACAUAUUUUUACUUAUGGUACAUUAUCAGAUUCUUCUAAACGCUCUAUGGAUGUAAUUUCGAAAUAUAAAAAAGUAGCUGAACACAUUAGUUGGGUAAAUAACAAUUAUAUUCAUGACGAAUGUUUAUAUGAAGCAAGGGAGUCUUUAGGUUAUAUAAAAAAUGUUAUCUCUAUAACGGUUACACACUAUAGUACAAGUGCUUAUACUAAUCAAAAUGAAAGCAUUAAUUGUAAAGAAAUUUUUAUAAACGAUUUAUGCAGUAUUUUAAAUUCCUUACAAAUAAUUUUAAACUUUAAUUUAACAGGAUUAACUGCUAAUUUCUUAAAAAAACAAAAUUCGGAAAAAAAAGAGCACACUAAUCCAAUAGAACUAGAAGAAAAUAUUGAAAUAUUAACAAAUGGUUUUUUAAAUCCAAAUAAUGAUGAUCAAAAAAUAUUAUAUAAUGAAGAAAACUCUACUGGAUGUUAUGUGUGUUUUACAGGAAUGCUAAUGUUUUCACAAUGUAAACAAUUAUCAGAAUAUUCUAAUGUAUAUGGUAAUUAUCUAUUAAUGAAUAAUAAAAAUGAAGAAUUUAUAACAAAAAUUAAUAUAUCUGGAUUGAACGGUUCUUUAUGUUUAAAAAAAACAUUAUCCAAUUGGACUGUUAAUGUUUUUAAUGUUAAUAACGAUAAAAUAUUUGAUAAGUCAGGGAGAAUAUCAGCUAGCCAAAAUUCCAAUGAUGUAUUUAUAAACCAGUAUUUAAUAAAAACAAAUGGCAAAAAUAACAAUAUCAAACAUUUCAGUGAAUAUGAUUUAGACUGUCAUUUUAAAGAUUCUAAUGAAUCUAUUGAUUCAGAUAUUGACAUUUUAGAAUUUUCUUCUAGUGAUGAUAAUGAUUAUAAAAGUGAUAAAGGUAAAAAAGUAGAUGAACAAUCAAAUAAUUGUACUGUCUCAAAUAAUAUUUUAUCUGAUAAUAAUGAAAACAAAAUAUCAUUUGAUAGAAAUUUAGAAAUACUAAAGGAUAUUCCUGGAAAAAGAUUUUAUUCUACUAGUAAAGAAAUCUGCGAAAAUAUCAAUUUAGAUGAAAACUUAAUUGAUAUAACAGUUAAUAAUAAUUGCUUUUACUCAAGAAUUAUCGAAGGAAUAAAUUUGUCUCAUAAAAAGGAGGGAUCAAUGGUUUACUUUAAAUAUAAUUCUAAAUGA